GAGUACCACUACUUCCACCACAACCGCGAACUUCAGGUUGGACAAUACGCCGGCCCUCGGUCGGUGAAAAAUUGUGUGACAGCCCGUGCAAUCAGCCACGUUGAAACGUGCCAUGUGGUGCUGGGAAGAAACUUCACGACGAGUGUGAGAGAAAGACGCUUCCUGGACUUGCCCGGAAACAACCGUGCCAAAGGCUUCAGCAAUGUGUCCUUGAAAUCAGAAGACGAACAAGUUCGUGUACCCAUGGCCAUUCAGGAGCAGCUCAAGACUGAGAAGGGCACAGUUUCCAAGCAAGAUGUGGUAGCAGACGAUGCUGAGGCUGACGGCGAGAAGGUUGCUCAGGCUGCUAAGGCCAAGGUUGCAGAAGAUGUGGAUCAUGAUUCUGCUGCGGCCAGCCUGCUUUGGCCUUGGGGCCAGCCAGAGGAUUUCUUUCGCGAACUCUUCCAUGGGUUUGGCUUGCCUGGAGAGAUUCGCGUCGUGACUUCGACACCCUCUUCGGCUGCCAUGCUGGCUUCGGCGAGGGAUGGGUACCAAUUCAGGGGCUAUGCUCGCAACAUGCUCACGAAGAAGAUUCUCAUGGAGGAUACGACUUUGCGGGUGGCCAUGGCCAUGAUCUUGGGUGCCCAGGAUUUUGGAAGGAUGCGGGUGCUGACCCGUGAGGCAUCCUUGGGUGGAUCGUCGAGCAGCCUGCAAGCAGCGUUUGCACGGGGAGCCCAGGCAAGUCCCUUGAAGCCUCAGUCGGAAGUGGACGUCGCUGAGGAACCCGAGGAUGACGAGGAGGGAGCUGAGGGUCAGGGCGACGAAGAGUCAGAGGACUGA